AUGGAAGAAAAAUUAAAUGAUUUAAAAGAACAAGGUAUUGAUUGGGCAUUUGCAAAUGGAUUAAUUAUGAUUAAAAAACCAACAGAAGAAGAAGCAAAAAAUAAUGUUGUAAAUGUUACUCAUGUACCAUUUUCAUUAUAUCCAUCAAAAAUGAAUAAAAAAUUAUUUAAUGAAGCAUGUAAAUUAGCAGAAGAUUAUAAUUUAUUAGUUCAUAAUAUUAGUAAAGAUUAUGAUUUCCUUCAAAAUACUUUAAAAGAUGUAUUUGAUGAUUUUACACAAAUGUUAUUAAAUAUUCAAAGAAAAGUUGUUAAAGAAGGUAUUAAACAAAAGAUAUCAUUAGGUAUAUUUAGAUCAGAUUAUAUGUUUCAUAAUAAGAUAGAAGGAGAAGAAGAAAGAAUUUAUCAAGUUGAAUUGAAUACAAUUUCAUCAUCAUUAGCAGUUGUAUCAAAUAGAGUAUUCAAUUUACAUAAAUAUUUAAUUGGUAGAAAUGAUCUUAAUGAUAAUGGAUACGACCUAUUGAAUCAUCCAACCAAUCAAUCAGAUAAAGAGAUUAGUGAUUCAAUUGCAUUGGCACAUAAAUUAUAUAAUAAAGAGAAGAGUUCAGUGGUGUUGAUGAUCAUUCAAGAGGGUGAAAGAAAUAUUUAUGAUCAAAAAGGUUUGGAAUUUCAACUUUGGUCAAAUCAUAGUAUAAAAUUAAUUAGACGUACAAUGAAAGAGAUCAAUCAAUGUGCUAAAUUGGAUGAAGAGAACGGAUCUGUGUUAAUCGUUGAUGGGAUGGAGAUAUCAGUCGCAUAUUAUAGGGCUGGCUAUACACCAAACGAUUACACGAGUAGCGGUGGUGAUGAAUGGAAAGCAAGACUAUUGAUUGAAAGAUCGUUGGCAAUUAAAUGUCCAACCAUUGCACAUCAUUUAGUUGGUGUUAAAAAGAUACAACAGGUUUUAGCACAACCUGGUGUACUUGAAAAAUUCAUCAAUAACGACAAGGAAUCCUUGCAAAGAGUGAAGAGAUCAUUCACAGGUUUAUACAGUCUUUCAAAAGAGGAUAUCGAUAUGUCAGUAGUGAAGGAAGCAAUAGAGUCACCUCAAAACUACGUAAUGAAGCCACAAAGAGAGGGUGGUGGUAAUAAUAUUUACAAUGAUCAAGUUGCCAUAGCUUUGAAAUCAAUGUCCUCUGAGGAACUAUCAUCUUAUAUCUUGAUGGAUAAAAUCAUGUCAAAAUCAUUCAAAACCCAUGUAGUUCGUGAUCGUCAAUUAUUAGAGAUUGAAGGUCUAUAUGAAUUGGGUAUUUAUAGUGUUUUCAUUUCAAAUGGUGAUGAUGAUAUAGUUUUAAAUAAACAAGCUGGUAUUUUACUUCGUACAAAAACUGCAAAUUCUGAUGAAGUUGGUGUUGCUGCUGGUUUUGGUUUAUUAGAUUCUCCAAUCUUGGAAUAA